AUGGCUUCCGACUCAACUCCUUCGACGACUUCAGCACGCGAGGCUCCUGAACCGGGGGACGGAAAUUCCGACGAUGACGAACUUUCCACCCCUGUCUCUCAACCGCAGGGCGGAGAUGCCGACCAUGGCGAGAAUCCCGACCCUGCGUCCCAAGGCGACGUCAAGUCUGGUGACAAGCCCUUACACAAAGCGCAGGAGAAGAGGAAGGCUCGCAAAGAGGGUGACGAGGUCGGCAAGCCGCGAACAGAUUGGUCGCGCAUGGGUCUCAAGGACUUCAUGAUGGAGCGCGUACCGGGGUUUGUAGAAUGUGGUCGCGGUAACGCCCGUCGGAACGCGUACAGAUCUAAGGUCGUGGACGAGGUCCUUGCAACAAAGAAGUGGGUCCAGAAAGAAGGUGCCGCGACGAUGUCCGACGCCGUCUACAACUUCCUCAAGAACAACGAGAAGAAAUUCAAGUUGAGAACAAAAGAGAAGGCGCUCGACGCGGUUCCCGAUGACGUCAACUGGAAGAAGGUCUCGCUGUUCAAGAGGACCCGCCCCAAGGGUGCCUCCGAACUCUGGGGAGACGUACCUGCCAACAAGGAUGUUGUCAAGGCCGUCGCGGACAAGAACAUCCGAGAGGGCCGUGGAGGCGAGCUGGCAAAAGCACGGAGGCAAGCCUUCAAGGCUCUACCUGAGGCCGAGCAGGCGCCGUGGCACACACAAGCAGACAGCUCGACGCAGAAGGGCAGGAAGGGAAAGAAAGACCAGCCGGCGGCGCCGCCAAUCGUGGUGGUCACGCCCGGUAAAAUGGACCAAAACCGGGAGAUGCUGAUGCCAAACUUGCACAGGAUUAUGCACAGUGCAAUCGGCGUCGGCGACGACCGCGUCGGGCCAGCCGUGUUUAACGUUCGUGUGGCGAUCAAGGAUAGUCACGGAAAGUCGCAUUAUAAGCAACUACACGUCGGCCCACUACUCAAGACUGAUCAAGGCGAGCAAACGUUUGGCGAGUACGCACAAGAAGACCACACGAAAUGGAUGGCGUUCGCGCAAGCCGUCCUGGCAUCACCGACGAUAGGUUUGGAUCAGGGUAUCACUUAUGAGGACAGCGGCCGACCAAUGCUGCCGAAGAGUCGCUUACAAUGGACAGGUCUCCAGUUGAUCGAGGCCUUACAUGCAUACUUUCGUGCUAGCUGGGAAUAUGCACAUCGCUUGGUCAAUGCAGUGCCGCCCUUCUCGGCCGCAGUGACUUCCGAGCGCCUUUCGUCUUUGGGAUGGCCAAUUCUCGAUUUCAGCGACCCGAUGGGUCCCACUGCCGAUGUGGCAUGGGAGCUGUGGCGCAAAAUCGAGUCGACGCAGACAGGUGGCGCCGGCUUCAACUUCGAAGACGUUCACCCGGAGAAUGCACCGCAGGCUGAACUGCAGGUGGAGGAAGUCGACCCGAGGAGCUUUGCGCAAGCCGAGGAAGACGGCGAGGACGGAAACGCGGUCGCCAGCGCAGACACGGAUAAGGUACCCUCCGUGCCGGAGGAGUCCGAAGACGGCUCGAGUGACAGUUCUAGCGAGGACGAAGACGACAACGACAACGAUGAGGUCGACACAUCGUCGCAACGUGGUCGGAGUCCGAGUCGCCUCGACGGCGUCGAGGACGAGGACGCCGUUGGCGAACUGGACAUUGAUGCCUCCGCGGCCGUCGAGCCUUCUACGUCCACGGCGUCGUCGUCCGGCGGUAAGGUCGUGCAAGCCGAUGACGUGGAGUCUGAAGCUGAUGAGGACAGGCCCCGGAAGUUGCGACGAAAGGAGCGUGAGGAUGAUGACAGCAACAUCGAGGAGGCACCAAAGAAGAAGGUCAAGGUCUCGGGUGGUAAAAGUGGGAAUGCGAAGGUGGAUGCGAAGGUGGAUGCGAAGGGGAAGGCGAAGGAGAAGGCGGGUGCGAAGGCGAAGGCAGGCGGGAAGGGGAAGGCGGGUGCGAAGGUGAAGGUGGGUGCGAAGGUGAAGGCGAAGGCCGAUGCGGAUGUGAAGGGCAAGGAGAAGGAGAAGGCGAAGGCGAAGGUGGUGCCUCGAGUGACGCAUUCGACGGGCUCCCAGCCUGCAAUUCGGAAGAGUGCUCGUCUUAGUUAA